GGUGAUGCUGCAGCCAAGAUGGCGCUGGCGGCGGCGACGGCAGCUUGAACGCGAUGCUCUGGGUCUUCGGCGGCAGCUGCGGCGGCGGCUGCUGUGGCCUCAGCCGGGGCCUCAGGACUCUCCCGGGCGUGAGCGCUCAGGCGCCUCUCCUCCGGCCCGGCUAACCCGGAUAAAGAGAAGACGGCUACGAAGGAAGGAGGCAGUAAGCAACAGAGAGAGAGCGUGGCGCCUGACGCCCGGGCACCAUGGCUGGGAUCAUCAAGAAGCAGAUCCUGAAGCACCUCUCCAGAUUUACCAAAAAUUUAUCUCCUGACAAGAUAAAUCUGAGCACCUUAAAAGGAGAGGGUGAACUGAAAAAUUUGGAGUUGGAUGAAGAAGUGCUUCAGAAUAUGCUGGAUUUGCCUACAUGGUUGGCUAUCAACAAAGUUUUUUGUAACAAAGCAUCUAUUAGGAUCCCAUGGACAAAACUAAAAACACAUCCCAUCUGUCUGUCCCUGGAUAAAGUAAUAAUGGAAAUGAGUACAUGUGAGGAGCCACGAGCCCCUAAUGGCCCAUCCCCGAUUGCAACUGCUUCAGGACAAAGUGAAUAUGGCUUUGCUGAAAAAGUAGUUGAAGGUAUUUCUGUUUCUGUAAAUUCCAUUGUUAUCAGAAUUGGAGCAAAAGCCUUUAAUGCAUCUUUUGAACUUUCCCAGCUACGGAUAUAUAGUGUAAAUGCAAACUGGGAACAUGGAGAUUUAAAAUGUACUCGUAUACAAGACCCACAGAGAGGAGAGGUUUUAACAUUUAAAGAAAUAAAUUGGCAGAUGAUUCGGAUAGAGGCAGAUGCUACCCAAAGUUCACAUCAUGAAAUUAUGUGUGCGCCUGUUCGAUUAAUAACCAAUCAAUCAAAAAUCAGAAUCACACUAAAAAGAAGAUUAAAGGACUGCAAUGUCGUAGCAACAAAGUUAGUUCUAAUAUUGGAUGAUUUAUUAUGGGUUUUAACGGAUUCCCAGUUGAAGGCCAUGGUGCAAUAUGCAAAAUCUCUUAGUGAAGCAAUAGAAAAGUCAACAGAACAAAGGAAGAGUAUGGCUCCUGAACCUACACAGAGUUCUGCUGUAGCACCAUCUACCCAGCAAGUGAAGACACCACAGACUUCAAAUGCUCCUGAUCUAAGUGAUGCAAUUGUGAAACUAUUCAAUGACUUUGAUGUUAAAGAAACCUCCCAUCAUUUAGUGAUUUCUCAUCUAGAUCUGCACAUAUGUGAUGACAUUCAUGCUAAAGAAAAAGAGUCAAACAGACGUAUUACAGGAGGGGCUAUGCAACUCUCUUUCACUCAGCUAACGGUUGAUUAUUAUCCUUAUCACAAAGCAGGAGAUAGUUGUAAUCAUUGGAUGUAUUUUAGUGAUGCAACCAAAACGAAAAAUGGAUGGGCCGACGAGUUGUUACAUGAAUUUGAAUGCAACGUUGAAAUGCUUAAACAGGCUGUGAAGGAUCAUAAUGUAGGUUCACCUCCUAAAUCCCCACCACAUGCCUCUCCCCAGCACACACAAACAGAGAAAGAAUCAGCUCUGAAAGUAUCUUCCAGAACGCCCUCAGUAUUAUCCCAGCAAUCAAGAGCUAAGCUGAUGUCUAGUUCUGUUGUGGUCAGACUUGCAGAUUUUAAUAUAUACCAGGUCUCUACAGCAGACCAAUGUCGUUCUUCCCCUAAAAGUAUGAUUUCCUGCAAUAAAAAAUCCCUGUAUCUUCCACAAGAAAUGUCUGCUGUCUACAUAGAAUUUACAGAAUAUUACUAUCCAGAUGGAAAGGAUUUUCCAAUUCCUUCUCCCAACCUCUAUAGCCAGCUGAAUGCACUGCAGUUUACUGUGGAUGAGAGAAGCAUUCUGUGGUUAAAUCAGUUUCUGUUGGAUUUAAAACAGAGCCUUAAUCAGUUUAUGGCUGUAUACAAGUUGAAUGACAAUUCAAAAUCAGAUGAGCAUGUUGAUAUUCGGGUUGAUGGCUUAAUGCUAAAGUUUGUCAUUCCUUCUGAAAUGAAACCUGAAAGUCAUCAAGAUCAGCCACGUGCAAUUUCCGUUCAGAGUUCUGAAAUGAUUGCCACAAAUACCAGGCACUGUCCAAACUGUCGACAUUCUGAUUUAGAAGCUUUGUUUCAAAAUUUCAAAGAGUGUGAUUUUUUUAGUAAAACAUAUACGAGCUUCCCCAAAACUUGUGACAGUUUUAAUCUACUACAUCCAAUCUUCCAGAGGCAUGCUCAUGAACAAGAUACCAAAAUGCACGACGUUUAUAAAGGAAAUAUUUCUCCCAAGUUGAACAAGUACAUUCUAAGAUCUUCUGCUGCCACAGAUGUUUGGGCUGUAUUCUUUUCUCAAUUCUGGAUAGACUAUGAAGGGACAAGAAGUGGAAAAGGACGGCCAGUAAGUUUUGUGGACGCUUUCCCUCUUUCCAUCUGGAUUUGUCAACCAACAAGAUACGCAGAGUCACAAAAGGAGCUACAGACUUAUAAUCAAGUUUCUCUAAAUACAUCACAAAGUGAAUCUAGUGAUCUGGCUAGCCGACUAAAGCGGAAAAAACUCUUGAAGGAAUAUUACAGUACUGAGUCUGAGCCUUUAACAAAGGAUGGUCAGAAGCCCUCAUCAUCAGAUACGUUUUUAAGGUUUUCUUCAUCAUCAGAUGCAGAUGUUCAUGUUCUGGCUCACAUCCAUAAACAUGUCAGUAUGCAGAUCAAUCACUACCAGUACCUGCUGCUGCUUUUCCUACAUGACUCACUUAUUCUGCUUUCGGAAAAUGUAAGGAAAGAUGUGGAAGCUGUGACAGGGAGCCCCGCCAGUCAGACAUCAAUUUGCAUUGGAAUUUUACUUAAAAGUGCAGAAGUGGCUCUUUUGCUCCGUCCAGUGGAUCAAGCAAAUACUCUUAAGUCCCCUGUUUCUGAAAGUGUAACCCCAAUGGUUCCUGAUUAUUUGCCAACAGAAAAUGGAGAGAUUCUUUCUUCCAAAAGGAAACAAGCUAACAGUGGUAUCAAUCAGAUUAGAAGUGUGACUGUCAAUCAUAUGGCAGACAGCAGAUCUAUGAGUGUUGACCUGAGCCAUGGCCCUCUGAAAGAUCCUUUGCUUUUUAAAUCAGCUAGUGACACAAAUUUGCAAAAGGGUAUUACCUUUAUGGAUUAUUUAUCAGAUAAAACUUUAGGGAAAAUAAAUGAAGAUGAAAGCGGUGGAAUUGUUUAUAAAAGCAACUCAGGAAAAAUGAGAUCAGAAGUGAGUGACAAAAAGGAUGCAUCAACCACAGAUUCACAUAGUGUCUUAGACUCCAGAGAAGACUCAAGUAUGCAGUCAUCUGAUAAUGGUGGAUACCAAAAUGUAUUGUCAACUACUAGUAAAGAAAAUGAAACUGGAGUCAAAGUUGAAGAUUUUGUUGUAGAAACAGCUUUCCUCUCUGACAACCUAGAAAUCAAUAAGGAGGAAGUAUCCACAGUUAAGACACUUAAAUCACAGUCAUCAUUAAGUGGAAAGCCUAAGGAACGUUGCCCACCCAGUGUAGCUGCACCCUGCGUUUCUUAUAAGAACAUGAAAAGAAGCCCCUCCCAGAUUUCACUGGAUGCCAUUUCACUUGACAGCAUGCUACUGGAAGAGCAGUUGUUAGAGAGUGAUGGGAGUGAUAGCCAGAUACUUUUGGAAAAAGGUAUUAAAAAGAAUGUGAUCACAAGUUACCAGAGCCCCGCAGAGACUGUGAAUGCCAGUGCAAACAUACAGAUUUAUGGCGAAACUUCUCCAGAUGCCAUCAGUACAAAUUCUGAGGGUGCACCAGAAAAUCAGGAUGACCUGAUGUCAAUUGUUGUGUUUAAAAUUACCGGUGUUAAUGGGGAAAUUGACAUCCGAGGGGAAGAUACUGAAAUCUGUCUUCAGGUGGACCAGGUGACACCAGAGCAGUUAGGCAAUAUCAGUUGUCGGCAUUACCUUGCUAACCGUUCAGUAGGUUCAGAUCAGAAAAAUGUAAUUGAUUGUAAAUCGUCUCCUAAGGUUACUCUGAGGUUUGAAAGUGGGCCUAGUGCUGUAAUACACUCUUUGCUUGCAGAAAAGAAUGGUUAUCUGCAAUGCCAUGUAGAAAAUUUUAGCACUGGGUUUCUGACGUCUACUCUUAUGAAUAUUCAACAUUUUUUGGAAGAUGAAACUGUUGCAGCAGUGAUGCCAAUGAAAAUACAAAUUUCUAACACAGAAAUAAAUUUAAAAGAUGACAGUUCACGGAGUGGUACGGUGUCCUUUGAACCAGUUCCUGUCACCAUCCAUAUUGAUCAUCUUGUGGUGGAAAGAAGUGAUGAUGGCACUUUUCAUAUUAGAGAUUCUCAGAUGCUUCACACUGGAAGUGAUUUGAAAGGAAAUGCCCAAAGAGAUCCCAUGCUGCUGACACAUGGAAAGUAUGAUCUGAAGAAGCACCACAGUGUCACUCAGGCCACUCAGACGAGUCCAGGGAUCCCUUGUCCUCCUCAGGAGCCUACUAGGGAGCAGCUCAUGGAGGAGAAUGAAUUUCUGAAACAGGAACUGGCUAAAGCUAAAAUGGCUCUUGCAGAGGCUCAGUUGGAAAAAGAUGCUCUUCAUAAUACCAAGAAGAUGGCAGUUGAAUAA